CGUUAAAGUGGCAAGGGAUCUGGCUGCGCAGGCGAGAUCAAUCAGCGAGAUGCCCGCCAUACACCGGGCUGUUGGUUGAACAUCCUUCCUCCCAAUAUGAGCGUCACCAUUGACGCGCUCUACAUCUUUGAUGAUCACAACAACUGCGUCCUCGAACACAUUUAUUCAGGUCGCCCGCCGUCUGCGCAGACCCUCAUCACCAGCUUGACUGCGCGACCUGGCCCUCGUCCAUCCAUCCUUCAGCUCUCAGACCUUGCCCCUCCAACCACCGCGUACUCGAUUUCCCCUUCAGCCUUCCAGCUGAUUGCAGUGUCUGGCAAAGAUGCCCAGUCGCUGGCCAUCCUCGAUUUCCUUCAUCGAGUCCUCGAUGUCUUUGAGGAUUUUCUCGGGAGCCCCCUCCUAACCACAAAGAUUGAGGACAACUAUGAAAUUGUGGCGCAAUUACUGGGUGAAAUGUGUGAUGGGGGCAUAAUAUGCAACACCGAACCCAAUGCGCUGAGAGAGUCGGUAGAGGUUUCUUCGGUGCUGGGCAAGUUGUUCACCCACGUCGGACUGCCUGGGACUUCGCCCGCUCUCGGACCGUCGAGCAACUUCUCCUCCAGCCUGCGUGGAACUGCUUCGCCCCCUGUAGGACCGGCAAUCCCAUGGCGGAAGUCCAAUGUCCGGCACACCUCUAACGAGCUCUAUGUCGAUAUCAUUGAGAAUCUGUCUGUCAUCCUCGCUCCUUCAGGGCGUCCCAUAUCCGCACGCUCACACGGCUCGAUUGCCUUCACAGCCAAAAUAUCUGGUGUGCCCGAUUUGCUUCUGGUAUUGACUGCGCCCGGAGGCACCAGCAGUGCCAAAACUUCGGGAAUCACCCGCACUAUGCAACUCCCUGUCUUCCAUCCCUGCGUCCGGUUAGUCAGAUGGAAAGAGCACCCGGGGGAGCUGUCAUUUGUCCCUCCAGACGGCCGUUUCAUGCUUGCAGGUUACGAGACUGACCUGAUGCCGUCUUCCCUCGACACGGAUCAGCCUCCUAGCAAGAGUGACAGAAUAUUCCUUCCAGCCACAGUAGAUCUGCGAGGUGGACUUGGUAGUUCCGGUUCCGAGUUUGAAGCCAAAUUGACGUUGAACAAUAACUUUCCUGGGGUCUCUUCAGCGACCAAACCAAGCGCCUCGCGGACAAGCUCAGGCCCGAUCUCUUCUCUGUCCUUCGGCGGUGCCAGCAGUGGUAGUUCCAGUGCCCCCACAUUGGAAGCCGUGAUGGUCACGAUACCUUUUCCUUCCGACGUGCGGAGCGUCACCGAAUUGAAGGCCUCGAGGGGGGAAGCCACAUUCAAUGCAUUUGACAGAGUCGUCGAAUGGAAAGUCCCCACCAAGGAUGGCGCAUCGAUCAACGGAACAGCGACAUUGACGGGCACAGUGGCGGGUGCCUUCAACGUGCAAAAUGACAUGGAUGAAGAGACCCAAGCGGCCGAAAUCGGGAAACAGAACACCAUGGCAGGGUAUUACCAGGAAGAUGUGGUCGCCAAUCAGGGCACAACAUCCGAGCCAUCAGGAAAUGGUAACUCCAAAAGGACACAAGCAACCAAGGCGCUGAUGCCAAGAUCGAUCUCGGUCUCAUUCAGUGUCAAGGGAUGGCUCCCGAGCGGGAUCAAGGUCGACAGCCUAGUGGUCGACGUGAAGAAAUCCAAGGGAUUGGGCGACGGCGUCCGGCCGUACAAAGGCGUCAAGUACCUUACUGUGAGCAGGCAGGGUGUUGAGAGAAGGGUGGAAUGAAUGAGACAUGAUGUACAGGAUUAAUGAAACGUCAAAGUAAGCUGAAUUACAGAUGCCUUGCAACGAUUUUGCUAUUGUCGUCGAGCAUGAACCCUUGAGACUUGGGGCCACGCCGACAAAAGGCAGCUCAGAAAUAUCUGUCGACAACAAGACACUCG